UUUGUGAAUUCUUGAAGUUAUCCUUACAUUACUGUUUAUGUAAUUUUUAUAUGUUCCCAGCACUUUCUUAGUAAGCUUUCUAGUCCAUAACAAAGGAUGUGACUAAUGUUAGACUCAAUUGAUGGAGCUAUAGUGUGUGUUUGUAACUAGUAUUUUCUUACUCCUAGUCUGAAUAUUUGUAAUGUGUUGAAAACUUAAUGUGUUGAUUUCUGCACCUUAAACACUUCUUGAAAAUAGCCAUAUCACUCACUGGUAAGACAUUAACAGACCUACUCAUACAAAACUGUUAGAACUCAUAAACAAGAAAACACGUGCAAUAAAUGACUUGUCUAGUGUGUUUGCUAUGCUUUAUCUGUUAAAUAAGUGUUCAGUGGAAAAUUAUUUGAAUUGUGCAAUUAAUUUUUAACAUUUAUAUUUUGGUUAAGUUGCUGUAAGAUAUUUGUGCAUUUAUUUUCUUAAGAAUUACUGUGGAAUGCUAGUCACUAUAAUAAGGUCAGUUUAGCCUGUGAAUAUAUACACAUAGAGAAAUGUGAUAGCGAAGUUAGUUGAGAGACUUCUGGAUCAAAAUAACCUACAAGAUGGGAGUGGGACCACUGUUUGUAGAAGUACUUUUGACUUUCGUGGUGGCAGCUGUGGUGCUUUCCCAGUAUGGUAACUGGUAUCGUCAUCACCUGGUGGUUACUGUGGCUGUACUAGUGGCCUGGUACUUCUCCAUGCUUAUUGUCUUCAUCCUUCCAUUGGAUGUCUCAAAUACAAUCUACGAGAAUUGUCUGCAGGAUCACGCUGAACAGGCGUUAGCUAAGCACUUGAGAGCAGUAGCAAGCAGUGUAGUACCAGAGAGCAACAUCAGUGAUGCAACUCUGAACAACGUUUCACUGGAUGAAAGCAAUGAGACCAUACUAACAACCACUGCACCUCCACCCUUGGAAUGCCACAAGCCAUGGAGUCUUGUUCCUGCAGGGGUGUUCCCUGUUUUCUGGAGAAUUGUUUAUUGGACAUCACAAUUUCUCACAUGGUUAAUAUUACCCUUGAUGCAAUCUUACACCAAGGCAGGAGAUUUCACCAUUGGGACAAAGUUACGAUCAGCUGUAAUUGACAAUGCAAUAUAUUAUGGGUCAUACCUGCUCAUUGUGGGGAUCCUCCUACUUUACAUAGCACUCACUGAUCUUGGUCUUGAUGGAGCAAAGUUGCGUGCCAUUGCUGCAUCAGCUUCCAACACUUGGGGUUUAUUCUGGCUGGUGUUGCUGUUGGGCUAUGGUCUAGUAGAAGUACCACGAUCUAUAUGGCACUCUGCUUCCAUUGCCCAUACACUUCACCAUUCAUAUUUCCGAGCAGCUAAACUGUCUCAAGAACGAGCCGAGUCCAGUGAACGGGUUAAUGACCUUCUACAGAGUAUGCGUGCCCUUGGUGGAAGUAUAGGACCAGGGCACCCACUUCGUUCUCAUAUGGAUGUCAUUGAGAACAAAAUUCCCACAGAGUUGCUAGAUCGCAUUUGCAGGCAAGCACCACUAGACUCUCCUCAUGCUGAUGUGCCCUCGGAAAAGGCUUUGGUCAGGUUGCACAAACAGCUGAUCAAGGCUCUACAAAAUCAGCGUCGUGUUGAAACACAGUGGGGAUUGCUGGUAGAGAAGAUUGUGACUUUGGAAGACACACAUCGCAAUGCAAUCUCACAUGAUACGUCCUUCAAGCACUCUACACCCCCUCGUAGACAUUACAUCAUCACCUACAUAUAUACACCAACUAUAGAAUGGCUUUGGAGGUGCCGUGUGAGAGGAUAUCUUCUACGUGCUCUUGCUGUGUGCUUUGCCCUAGUGUCAGUGGUGGUUGUCUGGUCAGAGUUAACAUUCUUCAGCACCAACCCAACCAUCUCAUUGUUUGCAGUUUUUGUCAACCUUGCCAAGACAAAUUAUGAUUACUUUACAAUUGAGGUAAUAUCCUCCUUGUCAAUGGCAUACAUAGCCCUGUGUGCUUAUUCAACACUAUUUAAGAUUCGUGUGCUAAACCUGUAUUACCUAGCACCUCAUCACCAAACUGAUGAAUAUUCUCUCAUAUUUUCUGGGAUGAUGCUAUGUCGCCUCACUCCACCAAUGUGCCUCAAUUUCCUCUCUCUUAUACACAUGGACUCUCAUGUUAUCAAAGUGCACACUGAAGAGACACAUUAUACACAGAUAAUGGGUCAUAUGGAUGUUAUAAAGAUCAUCAGUGAUGGAUUCAACAUUUACUUCCCAAUGAUGAUUGUGGCACUUUGUUUGGCUACAUAUUAUAGCUUAGGAUCCAGACUUCUGUCUGCUCUUGGCUUCCAACAGUUUAUGUGUGAUGAUGAUCUCACGACAGAUCUCAUUGAGGAAGGCAAAACACUAAUAAGUAGAGAAUCCCGUCGCCGCCAGAGAAUGGAAGAUAAUGCUGCUCGUCGGAAAAACUUCACAGAGAGAUUUGGGGGUGGAGAAUCAUCAGCUAGUAUGUACAGGUCAGCACGACAAAGAGCAGAAGAGCUAGUUCAGCCAUUGAAACGGGAAGAUUCAUCCGAGUCUGCUCAGCUUGAGCUUCUUGGCGGCUCAGACAGUGUUGCUGACUACUCUUCACGUACAACCACCUCCUCUCUGACCAUGGAGGAUGACCUGGAAGCUGGCCAUGGAGGUGGCAGGAUGUCUGCAGUCUCUGGGCUGACGCAAUAUUCCCGAGUCCGGACACACAAGCCUGAUAAAGGGCUGUUUGAUGAUGUAUAAGUAGUGUAUAAGAACAUACAUAAGUGUUAUUUGUUCUAAUGAAGAGCCGAAAAAUACAUUCUCAGAAUAGUUUAUUUUAUCAAAUUUCAAGUUAAUAAAUAUAUUUAAUAUUUAAAAUAUGACAUUUUUUCUGUAAUGAAUCAAUUUUACAAAUGAAACAAAACCAGAUUUUUUUCAAACUUAUUUUGCUACACUAUUAUCCAUUAGUUUUUACUGCAUUACUGUAUUUCAACAAAAAUCUGCAAGCUUUCAUUACAUUGCACUGACCUACAUUUGUUAGUGCUGAAAUGUUAUUUCUUACCUGCUGCUGACAAGUUAAGUGAUUAAAAAAAACUUGCAAAAAGGUAUGAUAGUUAAAAUGUAUAAUUUUGAAGUACAGUAGAUGAAAAAAAAAAUAACUUUUAACUUAUAAUAAAUUAUGCUUAAUUAAAAAAAAGAUGCCAUAACUUCUAAAAAUGUUAUUAACAAAGAUAAAAAAAGAAGAUAAUUACUGUGAAAUCUCUUAUGCUAGUAUCCUUGUAAUACACGGUAUAUACUACAUGAUAUGCUUUAUUUCUAGUAUUGGCUCGGAUAGUAGUAAAAUAGCAUAUUAGUAAUUAUAUACUAGAACCACUACCUUUUUUUUUUUUUUCAAAAUAAUUUCUGUAGCUCAAUGAAUUGCUGGUGGUACUGUAUCUGCUUAUCAUUUUUGACUAACCAGGGUGGUAAUCUAGAUGUACAGUACAUGGUGUUGAUAGAAAUUUAGACAAUAAAACUGUAUGAAUGCAAUUGAGGAGACAUCUCUUGCAAUUUCCCAGAUACUUAACAGUAAGCCAUUUUUAGCCUGCCAUAGUAAAUACAGUGCAAAUUUUGUCCAUUUGUGUGACUGAACCUGCCUUUAGAAGUAAAGUUAGUAAUAUUCUUUAA